UGCCUGAACUCACGCAAAAAGAAGUGAAGAGAAGAAAAGAAAAAAGGAAACAUGAAAAAGCGAGAUCAUCUGUGUCUAUUAUCUGAUUGGCUGUCUGCGAAGCCAAAGGCAUUGCCCACCCACAUGUUUAUAUGAAUCGUUGAUCAUUUGUAGAGUCCUCCCACUGAGAGAGGAUCUGUGCCGCGAUCGAGGGCUCAUGGCAGCUAAUGAUUAUCGCGCGUACCUGCGGAAUCAUAUCGAUAUGGAAGAGGCUCCGGCGCGCGCUCCGCACACGGGCUCCACUCACAGAGCGCUUAUAUUCGGCACGCUCGCUGUCAUGGGACUGCUGCAGGUCGCGUCGAGUGUGGCGAUUCUGUUGCACUUAACCGGUUAUCUGCGAGAGAUCGACCUUGCCUCAGCCCAGCAGAGUCCUAAUGAGGAAAUGCACAGUGAAACCUUAAUAGCCGAUCCAAUCAAAAGUUGCAAGGAGAAGAAGGAAAGAUUUCGACAAAAAAAGGACACGCGCAUGCCAUCAGCUCACCUUCCCAUCAAGACGCCGACUAACUAUGCAGCCACUUUUGCAGAAGAUCGAAAUGAAUUAACCAUAAUCACCUGGGAUGAUUUUCAAGGGUGGAAUUUGAAGAAGAUGAAAUACCAUGACGGACGAAUUCUAGUGGAUGAAGCUGGCUAUUACUAUGUAUAUGCCAAGACCUGCUUUCGAUAUGCUGAGGAACACGACUCGGGCAAAGUGGACGUCAGCAAUGUACAGUUAAUUCAAUACAUUUAUCACGAGAAGCACACGCAGUCUGUAAUUACACCUAUUCUUCUUACAAAAAGUGGCGGAACGCUGCAGUGGAACAUCGCACCCUUCAACAUGUACUGCGUGGAGCAGGGCAGAGGCAUCCAGUUGAAUAAGGGCGAUGGUAUUUUAGUCCGCGUAUCCAAUGCAUGGCUGCUGGACCCAGCAGCUGAAGACACAUAUUUUGGUACUUUUAAGAUCAGCGAUUGAUUUUUGCUACUGAACAUAUUUAUGCACAUUUUGCAAAGUGACCAUGAACCACUGAGCACUUGUUUUUGAUCACUGACUUUUGAAUUUUUGUUCAGCAGAGAUGACUUUUAAGAGCAUAUUAUAAGUUUGAACACUUCGCAAUUAUGCCAUUGAAGCUCUUAAGUACCAGCACUAGAACACCAAGAAUGGACUCGGGCCUCUGUCCAUGUUUUUUAUUACAAGUAUCGAUACUGGAAAUCAGAGGCACCGCAAAGGGGAGAAAGUUAGGAUGAUUCCAAGGGCCCUGACCAGAGAAGGUCCCGACGCAAUUUCAACGAGGGCUGAAGCAAAAAACUGUCCAAGGGGCACGGAAAUGCUAGCGGCGCCCCUGCUGGCAAUAGGUAUCAGUCCAAUACUGGUACCCUUACUCUUAAAAUGCUCCAAUACCAACAACCGUGCAAUGAAUCAAAGCGGUGGAGAGAUGCUGGACAUUCCUAGUAAAGACACAACUGAGGAAGAAUGUAUGGGCUAAGUGCUCAAAUUUAGUUCGAUUUAAGUUUUUAUUGUUUGUAAAAGCAAUAUCACAUUUGCAGCCUUAGUCAUAGUGAUGUAUUGUUAUCAGUUAGUACCAAAAAGUAACAGUCUUAAGACAGUAAUAAAAGACUACAUCCCUAGUUUAAAAACUUCAUCAUUAGAUCUCAUCGAUUGGAUCAGGAUAGAAAACAAAACGGAUACCAUGAAAUGUUUCGUUCUAACAAGCAUGUUUAAUUGAGCUUUGGAAAUUUGAGCAUGCAGAAUCUGUCAAGGACAACUGAAUUAUGCCCAACAGGUGGAUAGACACUUCCUCUCACCCCUCUUAUGUUUUACUGAUUGAUAAAUUUCACUGUUGGACAUUUAGAGCUGCCCUUUGUUUUUUGUUUUUUUGUUUUUUUAAUUGUGUUAACAUUUAAAUUGAGCAAAACGUAUACAAACAUUGAACAAAAAUCAAAGCAGCUGGACUGUCUUUGACUCCGUGUAAGAAGGGUUGUGUAGAACCAAACUGAGUUUGGUACGCUCUAAUUUAAUUUUUGUUUAAUGCACUAAGUGUAUUUAUUUAUUUUCUAUGAUGACAGAAUGUUUGUCAAAUGUUCUGUCUGUACAGUUUUGUACAGUGUAUAUAAUUGUAUAAUUGCCUUUAUUCCAUUCUUCAAGAGGUUUUGGAUGAAGGGCAUUGACUUUAGGUCAGUUAUACAUGCGCUUUUGUCCCAGGCACAGGGCUCCUGUUUAAAGCAGAAAUUGAUUCGUUUCUUACUUAAGAAACUUUGUAUUUAAGUAAAAUUCAUUUGACAAUUCUGUGUGGAAAUGUUUGUGGACAGCAGAAUAUAUUGUUCCCAACCCAAAGCAAGCCUAAAAAGGUUUGCAGCCUUAAAGUAAUUUUUUUUCCCCAUAUGUUAGCAAAAGUUUUGUUUUAUUAUGUUUAUUUAUACUAUUCUGCCUAAUAAAGAUACUUUUCUAAAUAAAA